AUGUUUUAUGUGAGUAUUGUAUACGAAAGUUCAAAAACUAUACAAAAGCGUCAUACAGAUAUAGCCAAAAUUCUAAUCGAAAACGGUGCUAAUGUUAAUGCAGAAGGUUGGUUAAAAAGAACACCACUUCAUAUGGCUGCUGUGGAUGGUCGCACAGAUACACUCAAAAUGCUAAUAGAAAAAGGUGCAAAUGUGAAUGCAGAAGAUUACUACAAAAAUACACCACUUCACAAUGCUGCUUAUUAUGGUCAUACAGAUUUACUCAAAAUUCUAAUCGAAAAGGGUGCAAACGUGUGUGCAGAAGAUAACGAGUACGAAACAUCACUUCAUAAGGCUGCUCGGAGAGGCUAUACAGAUAUAGUCGAAAUUCUAAUUGAAAAAGGUGCCAAUGUCGAUGGAAAAGAUGAAUUUAAAGAAACACCACUCCAUCAGGCUGCUGGAAAGGGUCACCUAGAUAUAGUAGUAUUUCUAAUCGAAAACGGUGCUCAUGUCAAUUUAGAAAAUAAACACAAAGAAACACCACUUUAUAAGGCUGUUGUGAUUGGUCAUACAAAUAUAGUCCGAUUUCUGAUCAUGAACGGUGCCGAUGUAAAUGUAGAAGAUAAUGGCAAAGAAACACCACUCCAUAAGGCUGUUUUGAAUGGUUAUACAGAUUUAAUCAAAAUUCUAAUCGGAAGCGAUGCUAAUGUGAAUGCAGAAGAUUUGACAAAAGAAACACCACUUCAUAGAGCUGCUGAGAAUGGCAACAUUGAAACGAUUAAAUUCCUAAUUAAAAAGGGAGCAAAUCCCCUCGCUCGAAAUGAGGCAACAGAAACUCCUGGUGAUGUGGCUGUCAGAAAAGGUAAAAGCGCAGCAGCCAAACUUUUGGCGAGUGAAGAGGAAAUAUUUGCAAACAAAAAAUAUGAGAAGUUAGACCCUUUGGGAAGUGGUCAAUUUGGUGAGGUGUACAAAGCGAUAGUAAAGGGAAAAGGUUUUUUUAGUGAAAAACAGACAGUUGCUAUAAAAACAUUGAAAGCCAAUGAAGAAAAUAGAAAUAAAUUGGAUAUAAAGGGUCCUAUAUUUCAAUUAUUGUCCGAGUUGGAUAUUGUGAGGACCCUGGAAAAACAUCAGCAUAUAGUUAGUUUUAUUGGUGCUAUUUCGGAGAAUGUUAUAAAUGGGGAGUUAAUGCUCAUAUUCGAGUUCUGCAAAGCUACUGACCUGAAAAAGUUUCUUCAAAGUGAGAAUGGUGAAGGGCAAUUUGUUAAUCAAGUUGAAUUUACCAAUGGUAGAUACAAAAUAAAUAGAAACAUAACAACACCAACGCCAAAUACAUUCCAACAACCCGAUUUCUACAAAAGAUUUCGUCGAGUAUAUGAUGCACGAACAAAUGAGUAUUCGCCUAUAAGUCAAAGUGAAACAUCAAGAUUGUAUACGACAACAAAUUUGGUCGAAUGGUCUGCUCAAAUAGCAAAUGGAUUAAGAUUCUUGGCUUCGCAUAAUAUUGUGCACUGUGAUCUGGCCGCCAGAAACAUAAUACUGUGUAACAACAAUACUAUUAAAAUAUGUGACUUUGGAUUGGCAGAAGCAAUUUCUACAAAUAAAACAUAUAAGAGGCUGUUUGGGAAACAAUUAUCACUCCGAUGGAUGGCUAUUGAAGUGCUGCAUAAUGAAGUAUGUAAUGAAAAGUCGGAUGUCUGGUCUUUUGGUUUGGUUAUGUGGGAAAUAUUUUCCGGAGGACUAGAUCCAUUUCCGCUCAUUCCUGAUGAAGACCUCAAUGCCUAUACUAUAUCAAACGAAAUAGAGAAAAUGAGAAGCAGUUUUAAACGACCACACAAUGCGACACCAAAAAUCUUUGAAAUUAUGUAUUUGUGCUGGGAAAGAGUACCGGAAGAUCGGCCCUCUUUUGAAGAACUGGAAAACGAAAUUUUCAAUGUAUUAAACGAGAAGCCGGAAAUAUCAACCGAUGAAGAUAGUGAACCUGAUGAUGAGGGUAUCGAUUCAUUGUUAGAUCCAAAUGAAAUAGAAAUUACAGAAAUGACCCAUUUGUAAAUUCAAACAGUAAUUUUAUAAGCUUAUAAUUACUGGUCAUUAUAAUUACUACUACACAGCAUGUUCUUACUCUCCAUUUGGAAUUUUGAGUUUAGGCGUGUGGAGGAAAUGAUUGAAACUGAAACAUGUUCUUCUUCUUCUUCUUCAAAAAAUGGAUGUCGUUUAAUUAUGUGAUCGCAUGUGAUAUGAGCAACCAAUUUUUUUUAAUUUUAUGCUGGAUUCUUUAUAUUCAUAUAUGAAUUUU